GGAGGAGGAGAAAGACACAGACCGAGACGAGACAAGGCACAGCUGGAGAAAGGGCCGUUCAUAAUCCCUUGGAAGUGCAUCAAAUCGAUUUUCACUCCAUAUUGCAGAGGUCGUGGACUUUGAGAAAAUGUUUGAAACCUUGAACAGACGUAUCCAGGAAACUCUAGCGGAGCGAAAGUGCCGCAGGAACAGACUAGUGACCAAAGAUGGUCGCUGCAACAUUGAAUAUGGAAACAUCAAGAACAUCAGACACUUUGGCUUCAUGGCUGACUUCUGGAUCACCUUUGUGGAAAUCCGGUGGCGUUUUGUUCUCCUCUUCUUCAUUGCCUCUUUUACCCUCAGCUGGUUCAUCUUUGGCCUGCUGUGGUACUGGAUUGCCCGCAACAAUGGAGACCUGACAUGGCAAAACCCUCCAAAGGACCACAUUCCAUGUGUUGACAAUGUUUUAGGUCUCUGCACAGCGUUCCUCUAUUCCCUAGAAACCCAGACAACUAUCGGGUAUGGUGGACGCGCACUCACCCCUCUCUGUCCCGGUGCUGUGGCAAUUCUCAUCAUCCAGUCUCUCGUGGGAGCCAUUAUCAACUGCUUUAUGUGUGGAAUCAUCCUCUCCAAAAUCUCUUCGCCUAAAAAGAGAGCAAAGACCAUCACCUUCAGUGACAUGGCUGUAAUCGGCCCAAGAAAGGGUGCUCUCUGCCUCUCAAUCAGAGUGGCCAACCUGCGCAAGACCCUGAUGAUAGGAAGCCAGAUCUACGGCAAGCUGCUGAGAACGACAUACACACCAGAAGGGGAGACGAUCAUCAUGGACCAGGUGGACAUCAGCUUCACAGUGGAUGCUGGGAAGGAUAACCUCUUCUUCAUAUGCCCCCUCACGCUCUACCACAUCAUUGACAAGAGCAGCCCUUUCUUCGACAUGGCGGUGGACACACUCCACCUAAAAGACUUCGAGCUGGUCGUCUUCUUAGACGGCACAGCUGAGUCCACCAGCUCCUCCUGCCAAGUGCGGACCUCCUUUAUUCCUCCGGAGAUCAUGUGGGGCUACAACUUCUUGCCCAUCAUUUCCAGAAGUAAGGAGGGAAAGUACAGAGUCGAUUUCUCCAACUUCUGUAAAGUGGAGCCCAUAGCAACUGCCCACUGUGCCUAUUGUUUCCACAAUAUUAGGGGUCAUCACCACCACUCCAGAGACGGAUUUGACAACCUGGGCUUUGAGGCGAUUAAUAUCGAUGACCCCCCGAAUGUCACGAAGUUGUAAAUUGGUAGAGACAAUGACUAUUGAAAAUCUCAAGAGAAAGACUUAAAUACUCAACAAACAGGUGCUACGGGCAGGCAGGGCAACCUAAUGGCAGACAGUGCAUUGUGUAUCAUUUAAAUGUGAGAUAAGGAAUCUGUCAGAACAGGUAUUGUUGGGAAUUUGUUUGUAAAACUACGCCAGCCACUGUCUGCCUGACCCAAACCCUGUUUUCUAAAGGGAAACCAAGUCAUGCAAGAUGGUGAAGCUACAGUUCAAGAACAAAGAGCGAACAGUUUUUUCCAAGUAAACAUGUGCUCUUUGACCUUGUACAUCUGGUUUACCAAGUAUCUAGAGGCAGAAUAAAAUAAGAAAAUGUUUAAUCCUGGAUAUACAUCUAGUACUUGAAAGCCCAGUGUUGAGGGUCGUACUUAUAAGACAACGAUGAUGUAGUUCAAUAGUUCAUGUAAAUGUGGGCUGUCAUGCACAAAGAGACACUCGCACUUGAACCAUCAGAGAUUGCUUUAACUAUUCAGACACAAAGGGGCUGACAAGGGGUGUGUGAUGUAGUUGUACUUUUUUUUUAAGUAAAGACACUGGGAAAGAACAGAGCUCUUAGGAAAUGUGUAGAGACAUGGCUGCAAGCAGCACUGACUGUACUUUAAGAAUCAAUUUAGUCUUUUUUGUAUUUUAUACAAGGUCAAAAUAUAUGGAGCCUCACAACUUGUGGCCUUGAUCUGUUGAUUCAAUACCUGAUCCUACCGUAAAAACACAAUUUAUCAUUAUUUUUGCAGUGACAAAAUGUUACUUGGGAUUGUAAUGGCAAAAAGCUGCAUGCCAUGUAGAAAAAAAACACCUAUGAAAUGAUUGCAGUUUCCUUACUUCCUCUUUUCCAAUUUAGUUUAUCUUCAUGAGCAUAUGUUAGAUAGUGUGGAGAACAUAUAUAUAUUUAUUUAUAUAUAAAACAAAUGUAAAUUGAGAUGAAACGCCCUUCAUUGUUAGUAUUAAAUGUAUAUUUGUUGGAAUACAUGUAUGCUCUUGUUUCUUAAUGC